AUGGUGUUCAAUGCAGUAGUUACAAGAAAUAUAAUAUUAUAUUUAAUAUUAUUGUUAACGCGCCAAGCUCUUACAUCUCGAGGUGAUACUCAAGAUCAGACCAGUUCCCGACCUAAUACUUUGAUUGAUGAUGCAGACGAUUUGCAAAGGCAACUUGAUAAUGAAGCCCAAGACAAAAUAAAAUUUGGAAGCCCUAAGACUAUUUGGGUUUUCCAUAUACCGACGCCAUUUCCUGAAAUCAAAUAUUUUGUGCCUGGAAGACGGUCUAGGAACGCUGUAAGUUUAGUUGUUUAUGACCUGACGGAUACUAAGAAAAAAAAUGAAAAUGAUGGGAAGAAUUCUGUAACAACACCAACAACCAGCCUUGAUAGUUGGGACUAUGACAGUCAGGCUGAAUGGGGUAAUUUGUUCCCGGACUGCAAAGGCCGCUCACAGUCUCCCGUGGACUUGCCAGUGAAAGGUUUCAUCCAGGCUCGAGGCGGCCGGCAGCUCAUGUUUAGCAAUUAUGACAUUGCCCCACAAAAGCUAACCAUUCACAACGAUGGAAAACGAGUGAUCCUCUACGGGCAAUGGAAUGAGAAUCAAAGGCCAGUUGUGUACGGCGGUGCAGCGCACAGCCGACGCUAUAUUUUUCAUUCGUUAAGCCUUAUGUGGCCGUCAGAACACACUAUAGGUGGACUACAAUUUCCCAUGGAAAGCCAAAUGAUCCAUAUUUCUGCUGAGUAUAAUUCAUUGAAGGAAGCCCUCGAUGCGGCGCCGAGUGAUCCUCAGGCGUUUCUUGGCGUAGUCAAUCUUUAUAAGUACUCAGACCACACACAACAGGGCAUAAAGGAAAUACUUAAUGAAGUUCUGAAGGUUAACACGUUAAACGCAUCUGUCGACCCGCUUCCCCUUAGCUUCUUUAGUCCACCAUUCAAAGAGUACGCCUGCUACCAAGGUUCGCUGACCACGCCGCCUUGCACCGAGUCCGUGUUGUGGCUUGUACGAGCUAGAAGUCUCCCUGUGAAGAAAAAAGCAGUCGAGUCAGCACACGGAUUAUUGAAUCCCUAUGGGCAGCCGCGACGCUUUCCAAUCCGCAUGCCGCAACCUCUUAACGAUAGAAAAAUAUUUUUAUUUUACUAA